AUGGGUUGCUGUGAAUCAAAGGUUUCAGAGAAGCAACCAGACAAGCUCCAAACCCAAGCACAUGCCAACAACAGCCGGACUCCGACCCACCACCAGAACCCAUCUCCCGGAUCCGACCCGGAAACCGGCGGAGCUCCACCCUUCUCUGAAUUCUCCUUCUCGGACCUCAAAGCCGCCACCAACAACUUCAGCUCCGACUACAUAGUCUCAGAGAGCGGUGAGAAAGCCCCUAACCUUGUCUACAAAGGGCGGCUGCAGAACCGCCGUUGGAUCGCCGUCAAGAAGUUCACCAAGAUGGCUUGGCCUGAUCCCAAGCAGUUUGCGGAGGAAGCUUGGGGUGUUGGGAAGCUGAGGCAUCGGAGGCUUGCGAAUUUAAUUGGGUAUUGCUGUGAUGGUGAUGAGAGGCUGCUUGUUGCUGAGUACAUGCCCACUGAUACUUUAGCUAAGCAUUUGUUUCAUUGGGAGAAUCAAACCAUUGAGUGGGCUAUGCGUUUAAGAGUGGGUCUUUAUAUUGCUGAAGCUUUAGAUUAUUGUAGUACUGAGGGCCGUCCAUUAUACCACGAUUUGAAUGCUUAUAGGGUUCUCUUUGACGAGGAUGGUGAUCCUCGUCUUUCCUGUUUUGGCUUGAUGAGAAAUAGUAGGGAUGGGAAGAGUUAUAGCACAAAUCUUGCCUACACGCCGCCUGAGUAUUUAAGAAAUGGAAGGGUCACUCCAGAAAGUGUUAUUUAUAGCUUUGGCACUGUCCUUCUAGAUCUGCUAAGUGGAAAGCACAUCCCUCCAAGUCAUGCUCUUGAUAUGAUACGGGGGAAAAAUAUCAUUCUCUUAAUGGAUUCACAUUUGGAGGGGAAAUUUUCUACAGAGGAAGCAACCGUGGUUGUUAAUCUUGCCUCUCAAUGUCUCCAAUAUGAACCCAGAGAGCGGCCUAAUACGAAGGACCUUGUUGCGACACUUGCUCCACUGCAGACCAAACCUGAAGUCCCAUCUUAUGUCAUGCUUGGAAUUCCAAAGCAUGAGGAAGCCCCUGCAACCCCACAACGUCCCCUUUCUGCAAUGGGCGAGGCCUGUUCUCGGAUGGACCUCACAGCAAUCCAUCAGAUCUUGGUUAUGACGCACUACCGAGAUGAUGAAGGAACCAAUGAGUUAUCUUUCCAAGAGUGGACUCAACAAAUGAGAGACAUGCUGGAGGCAAGAAAGCGAGGGGACUAUGCAUUUCGUGACAAAGAUUUUAAAACUGCCAUUGAUUGUUACUCCCAGUUCAUAGAUGUUGGAACUAUGGUGUCCCCAACUGUUUUUGCACGACGCAGUUUAUGCUAUCUGUUAAAUGAGCAACCUGAUGCUGCUCUUCGAGAUGCAAUGCAAGCACAAUGUGUUUAUCCAGACUGGCCCACUGCCUUCUACAUGCAGUCAGUUGCUCUAGCCAAGCUAGACAUGCACAAGGACGCCGCCGACAUGUUAAAUGAAGCAACUGCACUAGAAGAAAAGCGGCAACGAGGAGGCAGGGGAUCAUGA